AAAUUUUCUUUCUAAAUGAAAAUUAUAAUAUGGAUUCGAAGAUAUUUUUGUUCAAAAAUGGCCAUGCAGCAAGAAGUCGUCGACGAUGAAUGUGACGAAUUUGGACCUCAGAAAAUUCAAAAAUUAGAAGGAAAUGGUAUUAAUGCCUUGGAUAUUAAGAAAUUAGAAACAGCUGGCUUUCAUACUGUAGAAGCGGUUGCAUUUGCACCAAAAAAGCAACUGAUUAGCAUAAAGGGAAUCAGCGAAGUAAAGGCGGAUAAAAUAUUGAUGGAGGCCAUGAAAAUGGUUCCGAUGGGAUUUACGACGGCCACAGAAUUUCAUCAGAAAAGAUCAGAAAUUAUUCAAAUCACUACAGGAUCUAAAGAAUUAGAUAAGUUAUUAGGAGGUGGCAUCGAAACUGGUUCUAUAACAGAAAUAUUUGGUGAAUUUCGGACAGGAAAAACUCAAUUGUGUCACACACUUGCGGUUACUUGUCAGUUGCCCAUAGACCAUAGUGGUGGGGAAGGAAAAUGUCUGUACAUAGACACGGAAGGAACUUUUCGACCGGAGCGUUUACUAGCCGUGGCUGACAGGUAUGGAUUAUCUGGUGGGGACGUUUUGGACAACGUUGCCUAUGCGCGUGCCUACAACAGUGAUCAUCAGAGUCAGUUACUUCUACAGGCUUCUGCUAUGAUGGUGGAAUCUAGAUACGCACUACUAAUAGUCGACAGUGCGACCGCUCUGUACAGAACGGACUAUUCCGGAAGAGGAGAACUGUCGGCACGACAGAUGCACCUGGCAAGAUUUAUGCGGAUGUUGCUUCACUUGGCCGACGUGUUUGGUGUGGCUGUUGUCAUAACGAAUCAGGUAGUGGCUCAGGUGGACGGAGCAGCCAUGUUUUCGGCAGAUCCAAAGAAACCCAUAGGAGGAAACAUCAUAGCCCAUGCUUCCACCACCAGACUGUACCUGAGAAAAGGCAGAGGAGAAAUACGAAUAUGCAAGAUCUACGACUCCCCUGUCUGCCCGAGGCAGAGGCCAUGUUUGCCAUCAAUGCUGACGUUGUGGGUGAUGCGAAAGACUGAUGAGAUGUUUUAUUCAUACAUAAUUUAAAAAUUCUUCAAAUUAUGAAAGAGAAUUUCUAUUUCUAGAUCUAAUCAUCAGAAAAAUAAGAUAUACUUUCAGGCUCUGACUAUAAAAUUUGUAUUAUUUCUCCACAAAGAAUAAAUGACAUUUGUUUUGUAAA